AAGAUGGCGGCUACUCCGAGGGCUCUGAUGUUAUCUGGGCAGUUUUCUUCCCUUGUGAGGUCCCUGUCUCAAGGGUACAUCAGAGUGCCUGCCACAUGUGGGGGAUGUAUGUCUCAUAGUAGCACCCUGCACACCCAGCGUAACACCUCUGACAAAGAAGAACACUCUGUUAGCUUGGUUCCGUACAGAGAACAGAGUACAUCACAGAGUGUAGCGAAGAGGAAGCCUUACUCCCCAUUUCAGAAUACCAGCAGCACAGUUGAAUAUGCUUUAGCCAGAACAGAUGACCUUGUCAACUUUGCCAGAAAGGGCUCCCUGUGGCCGCUGACCUUUGGCCUGGCCUGCUGUGCUGUAGAGAUGAUGCAUAUGGCUGCUCCGCGAUACGACAUGGACAGGUUUGGGGUGGUGUUCAGAGCCAGCCCCAGGCAGGCUGACGUCAUCAUUGUGGCAGGCACACUCACCAAUAAAAUGGCACCUGCCUUGAGAAAGGUGUAUGACCAGAUGCCAGAACCGCGGUGGGUGAUCUCUAUGGGGAGCUGUGCUAAUGGGGGAGGCUACUACCACUACUCUUACUCUGUAGUGCGAGGCUGCGACAGAGUUAUCCCAGUUGAUAUCUAUGUACCAGGUUGUCCCCCUACAGCCGAGGCCCUGUUAUAUGGCGUGUUACAGUUACAGAAGAAGAUAAAAAAUAUGGAAUUGUCGCUCAGCUGGUAUAGAAAGUAAUGGCGGUGUAUAAUAAGUAUCUAGACAUUUUUUGUUUUGUGGACAUGUACAUAUGAUUAGCAGCAUAUUAUGCGAGAAUUGCACUUUCUUUUCUCGGCCUGUCCAGUGCACCUAAGGAUCUUUUGUGUGACUGUUUAUCCACUAACAAUGCACAGGGGAAGUCUCUCAAAGACAGUGUACAUAAUUUUGUCCCUUUGCUAGUUUUGAGCAGUGCAGUUAUAGUCAAUCCCCAGAUCCAUAUUGUAUUUGAAAGGAAUAUGAAAUAAAUUUGUUUUGAAUUAAACACUGAA